GCUUACAGUUUCACUGAAAAUGCCCUAUAGUCUGCAAGCCGCUAAACUCAUCCCUCGGUUCAGACCAAACCGGUCCAGGAGAGCCCUCAUUCCCCAGGCCGGGGAUGUGCUAUCCUCGACCUCUACUGACCUUUCCUCUCGACAACUGCUCUUACCGUCCGGCUCAGUCACAACUUGCGACCCAGCCUCGGAUUUCCUCCGUGAGGAUCCGUCGCUGAAUGCUAUGAUAGAAGCCACCAGAGGCCAAAUAGAAGCCAUCGAGCUUUUCUCAGCAUCGAUGCUUAGGAACCCCUUCAACACUGCGGACAGCCUGGCAAAGGUGAAGGAAGCCGCCUUACGACAAGAUCCUAGGAGGACGUAUUUACAAGUCACAGCACUGGAAAGGUCCUUAUUGGCAAGCUCCAACGUCGACUCACAGUGGGGUGGCCAGCUCAUACGUCGCACGUUGAACCAACAGCUGAACUCAGCUUAUGCCCAAUUCCAUGGAAAGUACCCAGACGAGCCAGCAGCUGCAUUGAGUGUUGUCACUCAAGAGGAGAUGGCGGCAAUCAUCGACCAUGUUUACGAAGAAUACACUCAGUCUGGUGUGGCUGGGGAAUGGAUACACUCUGUUGACAAAGCGAUACCUCCUGAUAUCAACGACUGGUUGCUCUUUGACGACCGCACCAAAUUCAAUGAGAAGGCGGUAUAUCACAGAGUGUAUCGCAGCCCAACGUGUAUGCGUAUAAUAGGCCCUCCGAACAAUGACGACCUCCCGCUCACCAUGAGGCUAGGGACUCCGGCUAAGGCGUUCCUCGAGCUCAUGACCUUCCGGUCCGGGCCUCUACGAAAUGGCGCUCAUAUGGAACCGUGGAUGAGGUUUAUGCCGGGGAAGGUAUUCGAACUUGUGCGCAAUCACGUCACGCGUUUUUGGCGGCAGUACGCCGACUACCGGAACAAGCGAGUGAAGAUUCACAUGACCGCCAUGCGUAAGGAGUUACCGCACUUUCUCGCGAUCAUAAAUAUCAAACUGUGGAGUCUAGCUUUAGUACAAGAACUUGAGAAAGCCCAGUUGCGACAGCGAAAGAUAGAUUGUAAUGGUCGACGUUCUGCUUACGAGGCCCUAGUUCAAUACAGCGGUGCUGAGCUCAUAUCCGAGGCUCUUGUUAAGGAGGCAUUCGCUUUGCACAAUUACAACGACAUGCAACUGGAAGCUCCUCGGGACCAGAAGGAAAGUACGAGGGAGUUCAAAAAAGUGAGGAUUGCAGAUCCGAGCAAAAGAUGGGUAUUGGAUAAUAUAGCGACUCGCCGUAUCCCCGCGGAGGGCGAUGACGAUGAUUUCCUCCUACCGUAUCUGGUGGACUGGGAAACAGCCAAGUUGGGCUCGAGGGCGAGGCCACUACCGAAUCGUCCCAUGAAAGGUUGGCUACACUCUCUUGGUGACGUUACGAGCUAUGCCAUCACCCACGAAUUCGUCACGGCAUUGGCUGGGUACUGUCUUCAGUACAACAGUAACGUUCUGGUAGUCGGACCGGACUCAACCAGGCUGUGUUAUUUUUUGACCGAGUACAUCACUGCACAAGUGCCGGAAAGUCAAGUGAAGCUCAUCGCUAUUGAGAUUUUAUCCGAGGAGACCACAACUGACAAGCACCGACCAUGGGGUAAAUCUAAGGGGAACGAGGAACAGGAGAAGUCUAUGGUGGAGCCUGUGACAUCGUUCCCGAAGCACCUGGACUAUCGCCCAGCACUGUGUCCCUACACUGGUCGGCUCAAGUGGCCUCCUCCUUUACGAGCAACACUGAACGAUUUUUACAACCAUUUCAGUCCUCAAACAGCAGUGGUCACUUCCCUUGAUGACGGCGUUGACGAGAUAACUCCCAAAUUGCGCACUAUGGGUUGCCUCAAGCGGUACCUUGUAUUGGGUCCCCGUAGUAGCGGGAGUGCCUAUCACACGUGGGGUAUCCUGCCACUAGGCUGUCCAGAGAGGCGCAUAUCUCCAGUACAUUAUGAUGGUUGGGAGAUCGCCGGUGAUCUUGGUAAGGUCAGCAGACAUAUUUUGCAUCCUUACAUGGCGAGGAACCAAUUCGGGGAAGUGGACCCAGGUCUACUAUGGGCACUUUCAUCAGCCGCUACGUUGUUCCGACGGAGACAUCGCUGA